AUGUCCUUAUUCGGUACGUCUCCGGAGGAGCCCUCGGCGGCGGCCUCCACCAAGAGGUCCAAGUCAUCGCUUUUCGCGGACGACUCAGCUCGCGGGUCCCCAUCGCUGUUUGCCGAUGACGACGGUGACGAUAGCUCAUCGCCUUGGAACCAGACCAACACUGCGAAACGGGGUGCUCGUCGCGACCUUGUUCGAACUUUGCUGCCUGCGACGGAUGUACCCGAAAGCUAUGUUGACGCAUACGACCUGAUACUGAACAGUGGGGAUAGGGUCGGUUCCGGUGUCGGGCUGACCUCUGUUCGGGAGAUUCUUUCCAGCAGUGGACUGAGCGCAUCGGAUCAAGGCAAGAUUCUGAAUCUUGUUGUCUCUGCAGACCAUGAGAGCUCGGGUGGGCUGGGUCGCGCCGAGUUCAAUGUCUUGCUUGCGCUUGUGGGUCUUGGGCAGGAAGGCGAGGACUUAUCAUUUGAUACGGUCGAUGAUCAUCGCAAGAAGCUUCCUCAGCCGAGAAGUGGCUUUCUAGACCGGCUUCGAAACCACGACUCCGCGGCUGCCGCUGAACCCGAACGACCGCAGACUCCUCCAUCUCACCAAACCCCACUACAAGAACCCAACUCGGCACGGUCUCGGCAGUCUCGACGAGAAUCAUUGGGUGGACUAGAUGCUGACCCAUGGGGAAGCCCGGAUCUUCAUCGGGGUCACGAUCACGGGCCGGCCGCAGUGGACCAGCGGCCCUACAAUGGGUACGGAAGCCUGCGCUCUACCACCAACGCCUGGUCGAACAAAGCUGUGGAAGAUGCAGCCCAGAGUGAAGCGAUUCGGGAGCACACCAAUGGCCGGACCGAGCCAGGACCCCCGAGCAGCUCUGGGUCUGGAUGGGGUGGCCCUGUCAGGAGACCUUCUGAAGAGGCUCCAUUUAGUGCUGCUCCCCGCCCGACUUUGAGUAGCUUUGCCCCCCCUGGAGACGAUCCCAGCGACCUCACGCCUCGGCGCCGGUCGACUGGCGUUACUCGGACGACGAACCCCCAGAUCGAGGAGACGGUCUCCAUCAACCUUCUGCCCGAGAAGGAGGGCAUGUUCAUGUUCCAGCAUCGCAAUUAUGAAGUCAAAUCUGCACGAAGGGGUAGUACCGUUGUCCGUCGAUACAGUGAUUUUGUUUGGCUUCUGGAUUGUCUUCAAAAACGCUUCCCCUUCCGGCAAUUGCCCCUUCUCCCGCCGAAGCGAGUCUCAGUGAAUGGUACUCACCUUUCAGCGGACUCAAAUUCUUUCCUGGAGAAGCGACGCCGUGGACUUAUCAGAUUUACCAAUUCCCUCGUUCGCCAUCCUGUGCUUGGCCAGGAACAGCUGGUGGUGAUGUUCUUGACCGUGCCUACUGAACUCUCUGUCUGGCGCAAACAGGCCACCAUUUCGGUUCAAGAUGAAUUCGCCGACCGCGUGCUUCCACCCGAUCUCGAGGAUUCAUUGCCUUCCGACCUCAACGACACGCUCGACACGGUUCGCGGGGGAGUGCAACGGUCGGCUGAAAUCUACAUUAACUUAUGCACGCUGCUUGAAAGACUUGCGAAGCGGAAUGAUGGAUUGGCCGCUGACCAUUUGCGAUUCUCCUUGGCUUUGCAAUCCCUGACCGAGGUCACCAAGGACACCUAUUCAGUUGAUACGAAUGACGUUCCAUCGCUCAAUGUGGGUAUUACUGCGACCGCACGACACCUGUCAACCAGUCAAAGUUUGCUGGAAGACGAAGCACGGGCAUGGAGUGAAGGCGUGCUGGAGGAUCUGAAACGGCAACGGGACUGCUUGGUGAGCGUCCGCGACAUGUUCGAUCGACGGGAUCGUUAUGCCCGUAACAAUAUCCCGCAGCUGGAGCGGCGCAUUGAAACCAAUGAACGUAAACUACAAGACCUUCGGGCACGACCGUCGGGCACCGUGAAGCCCGGCGAGACCGAGAAAGUGGAAGACUCAAUUUUCAAGGACAAGGAAAGCAUCGUGCAGCAGCAUGCACGUGGGGUAUUCAUCAAGGAAUGUCUUCGUGACGAGCUUCUCCAUUUCCAGCAGAGUCAGUACCAUAUUAGUCGAUUGCACCAGGACUGGAGUCAAGAGCGGGUCAAGUAUGCCGAACUGCAGGCGGACAAUUGGCGACGACUCAGCGAUGAAGUGGAAGGAAUGCCGACGGGAGAGUAA